UCGGACGUGUCGCGCCCGCUCGCCGCCGCCGUCGCGGCCGGCGCCGCGCACUCGUGCGCGGUCACGCGGGAUGGAGUGCUGCUCGCCUGGCGGUCCGGCGGCGGCGCCGCGGGGCAGCUGGCGGUGCAUGAGGUUGGGGGCGCACUGGCUGGGCGCCGCGUGGCGGCUGUCUCCUGCGGCAAGACGCGAACCACGGCUGUGACAGAGGAGGGGGAUGUUUUCCAAUUCGAGGGCCUGGCGCCGGGCAAGGACGCCGCCGCGGCCGCCUUCGCGGCCGCGCCGCCGGGCGCCGCCGCGGCGGCGGCAGCGGCGGCGCUGCUGGGGACGUCCCCGGGCGCGGCCGCGGGCGGCGAGGGGCUCGGCGGCGGCGGCGGAAGCUUCUGUUGGGGCAGCAGCCCACGCGGCGGCGGCGGCGGCGGCGGCAGCGGGGGCGGCGGCGUCCGGCCCGUGCGCGUGUUGGGUGUGAAGCACGCCUCUCUCGCCGCGGUCGGGGAGAAGCACACAAUUGUGGUCCAGUAUUGGGGCGUGCCGGCGCUGCCGGCGGACGCCUCGGAUCACGAGCAGAUGCUUGAGCCCCCUCGGGCCCCCGCGGGGCCGAGGGCGCACGCGGCGCGCCCGGACGGCGCCGCGCGGGGGCGCGAGGGGGCCGCGGCGGGGUCUGACGAGGAGGGCGGCAGCGAUGGCGGCGGCGGCGCGCGCGGUGCGGGGCCCGGC